UUCUUCUUCUUCCUCGAAAAUGGGAUUGUUGAGAGCUGCUGGCUCCGUUUACAAGCCAGUCGAGGAACUGGAUCUCGGUCCCGAUAGCAAAGAAUUAUACGUCGAAGCCAAUAUCAAAGCUCCUAUCAUGGGUGGGUUUCUGGCAAAAAUCUUCGCCUGGACUCUGGAGGCAGGGAUCUUUGGAACUCUGGUGUUGUACAUAAUGAAAAGGAUAAAUCGAGUACACGAGUUUAUCUCUCAUGCAAAGCUGGAGGAGCCACCCAUGUUUGUUCCAUUGCAUCCUUUUGUUGAGCUCCAUGAGCAAGAAGUUAUAGAGAUUCACCCUGAUGCAUCUCCAGCAGAAAAAGUUCAACGGGCUACGGUUUGCCUUCCUUCAACCUUAGAGAACUCGCUAGAAUCUUUAAAGCCGGGCUACUUCCGGCGUUGGACAGUAAUGGAUUAUUCGAGAGCCUACAGAAGUGGAGAAAUAACUCCGCUGAAGGUUGCAGAGCGGUUCAUAGAUGCUGUUCGUGAAUCGUCUCGUCGUCCUUUGCCGGUGUCCUUCUUCAUUAACUAUGAUGCUGAAGAUAUCCUAAGGCAAGCUACAGAAUCAACUCUUCGGUAUGAAAGAGGGGCUCCAAUAUCAGUUCUAGAUGGAGUUCCAAUGGCUGUCAAGGAUGAAAUAGAUUGUUCUCCAUAUCCUACAGCAGGAGGUACAAAGUGGCUACACAGGGUUAGACCUUGCACAGGUGAUGCAUGCUGCUUUGCGCGACUCAGAUCCUGUGGUGCUAUACUUGUUGGAAAGAGCAAUAUGCAUGAGCUUGGAGUUACACCAAGUGGGACUAAUCCUCACUACGGGGCUCCAAGAAAUCCCUAUGAUCCCAAUAAAAUCUCUGGUGGUUCUUCUAGUGGAUCUGCGGCAGUAGUAUCAGCAGGAUUAUGCCCUGCUGCCCUCGGUGUGGAUGGAGGAGGAUCUGUGAGAAUGCCUGCAUCCCUUUCUGGCGUUGUCGGGUUCAAACCGACUUUUGGACGCAUACCACAGUCAGGUGUUCUUCCUCUUAACUGGACAGUAGGAAUGGUUGGAAUACUAGCAGGUACCAUAGAGGAUGCAUUUAUUGUUUAUGCUGCUGUUAGUGGCCAACUUCCAUCAGAUGAGACAACCACUUUGCCUCCAAAAGUGUAUUUUCCGCUACUGAACUCGACAAAUCAAAUAUCGAACAUCAAGCUUGCAAGAUAUGGAGCGUGGUUCAAUGAUUGUGACGAAGAAGUCAGAUUAUGCUGCUCUAACGCUCUGCAUUUCCUCUGUGAGCGUUACAAUUGGAAGACUGUAGAGGUUACCAUACUGGAGAUAGAAGUAAUGCGUCAGGCACAUUAUGUGACGAUUGGUUCCGAGUGCAGCACUUCACUCAGUUCUUAUCUGGAAAAUUUGGACCGUUCAGAAAUGGGAUGGGAUGCAAGAAUAGUAGUUGAUAUAUAUGGUGCUUUUGACAGCAAUGAGUAUAUAAAGGCCCAGAAACUGAGGUACCGCCAUAUGCAGAUUCAUAACAAAAUAUUCACCAAGGCAGAAGUCGUAGUCACUCCAACAACAGGUAUGACAGCAUACCCCAUAUCCAAAGCUGCUCUAAAGACUGGUGAACUUGACUACAUAAACGGAGCUAACAUUAUUCGAUAUCAGAUCGCCGGAAACUUUCUGGGACUACCUGCGAUCACCGUUCCCGUUGGCUAUGACAAAGCUGGUUUGCCAAUUGGCCUUCAAUUCAUAGGGAAACCAUGGUCAGAACCCACUUUAAUGCACAUAGCUCUUGCAAUGCAGGCAUUGUGCAUCACAGAUUACAGAAAACCAAAGGUUUUCUAUGAUAUUCUUGACAAGAAGUGAGACAGCAGAAUUCAUGAACACACCAAGGCUCUUGCCUUCAAUAUGGCUCAUCUUUCUCUUGAUAUGGAAUGACAUUGUACAAUUAACUUACCAUGGGUUGUAGCAAUACAUAGUGUUGCUUGAUUAUUUGUAAGUUGCCAUUGUUGACAAGGAUCAUAUCAUA